AGGAAGAGGAGCAAGCUGUGCACACUGUUGAGUAGCUUCCCAGUCGCCAUGACGACCUCACACCCCAUCAUCCUUAGAGCUAUCUUCUUGUUGCCUCGGUGACCUGAUCCCAUUUUGUCUCCGUUGCUUCUGAUGAUCCGGAUUGAGCCCUUAAGGGAGAACAAUCCGGGAACAGGCAUUAUAUUUCUUCUAAAAACAGCCUGCGGACGGGGCAGCGGGAUCCGGGGGGAAGCAGACAUGAUGGGAAUGCUGUGGGACUAGCACCAAAGCGUUGCUUGGAAACAGAAGCAUGCCAGUACAGCAGAUAACUGUGGUCCCCGCAAGAGAGUCGGCCGGAAAUGGAAAGAGUGCUCCUCGGUCCAAAGACAAGAAUGAGGGAAAGAAAGCUCCUGGGCGCUCAGGCAGCCGAUCCAGCAACAUCUCCAAGGCAAGCAAUGCAGUUUCAAGGGCAUCGAUAACACCGUCUGCUCAGGACAUAUGCAGUUCUGGCCAGCUGACCCGCUUAGAUGAUAUUUCUGAAUCACACAAGCCCAACAAGCACAAACAAAAUCCCUCUGCCAUGACAGUCACCAGCACAGCCCUGAGCUCAUCUGCCCAAGUCCAGAAAAAACAUGUGAAGAGACGCCACCGGCGCAAGAGGAGCAGCUGCUCCACUUUAGACUACGUAGAUCGUAACGCCAAACAGGAGCAAAGUGACCGCAGCCUCAGCUCUGACCAGACUGAGCUGUGUGAGAAGAGGGAGCGCUCCUUCAGGACCCGCAAACAGGUUCCUCCUAGUCUUCGGUGCUCAGGUGCUCCUGAGUCAGACUCCUCCUCUGAAGAUGAAGCUUGGCGUGAAACCCGCAGCUGGAGCAAAGAGAAAGCUCGACGGGCUCGCCGCCGCAGCAUGAGCAGCCGGGAGAGAGAUGCAGAUGGGCACAAACCAGAGGAAGACAAAGUGGAGAUAAUGGAGCUGCAGUCAGUGGAUUCCGAUGAAGGGAAGGAGAACCAGCCUCUGGUGGAGGACAGUGGUGGUCUCAAGAAGCGACACAACAUCAGGGGCUCAAUAAAGAGCCAAAUUUCACACAGUGAGAGGUCCAGAAGCAGAGAGAAGGAGAAGAAGAGCUCUAAGUCUCGAAGCUCAAGGGGGAGUUCCUCGCUGGCAGAGGACGGUGAGGAGCUCAUCACCAAGAGAUACCAGGAGAGAGGGGCAGGAGAGGGGGACAUGUCAGUGCCCAUCCCACAGAACCACUGCGGGGUUAACGGGGGCACAGCGGGACCUUGUUCAGAUGACUCUGAGUUGGAGGUCUGCAGGAUCUGCCACUGUGAGGGGGACGACGACUGCCGGCUGAUUACGCCGUGUCGCUGCACAGGAAGCCUGAGCUUUGUACACCAGGCCUGUCUCAACCAGUGGAUUAAAUCCUCUGAUACACGCUGCUGUGAACUCUGUAAAUUCGACUUCAUUAUGGAAACCAAACUCAAACCUCUAAGCAAGUGGGAGAAGCUGCACAUGUCGAAGAGUGAGAAGAGAAAGAUCUUCUGUUCGGUUUUGUUUCACCUGAUAGCAAUAGUUUGUAUGUUGUGGUCUGUCUACAUUCUGGUCAGGAGAACCACUGAUGAGAUCCGGCUCGGGAAGAACGGUGUGCUGGAGUGGCCAUUUUGGACCAAGCUGAUCGUGGUGGCCAUCGGCUUCACAGGCGGCCUCAUCUUCAUGUACAUCCAGAGCAAAGUCUACCUGCAGCUGUGGCGUCGCCUCAAGGCCUUCAACCGCAUCAUCACGGUGCAGAACUGCCCAGAGAAGAACCUGCAUAACCCUCAGGCCCGGCACGGCGUCCUCGCCAACGGGAAGCACGAAGCUAUUGAGGCCCAGACCGCUCCGGCUCCAGAGAUAGACUCUGACAUGUCUGUGGAGGCUGCUGUGGCGCCGGAUCAGAACCCCGUCUGAAAGCUGAAUCAUGCUGUGCUCCUCUUCAGGAGGGAGCCAGGCGUGAGCAUGGCAUGAUCAUGACUCAUGCAGAAGUGUAUCUUUCUUCUCCUCUGCAGUGAUUGCUUCUUCUAGAUGAAGCAGAUGAUGCUACCCAUCCUGUCCUGCAGUGAUCCAAAGUAGGACAGCUGUCACCAUAAGACGGUACAAACCUUUAAAGAAUUGGAAGAAAGGAGCAGGUGGGGCAAUGAAAAGGAGACAGCAGAUAAAGCAUGGACAUGAUUUAAUGGUACGCUGAUGCCAUUUUAAAGUAUGCACUUUGUAAACCUGCACUGAUAUGACAGUGAAAACUCUUCAGGAUGCUUUCAAUCAAAGGUCUCAGUUUGCUUCAAGAAAGCCUGAUAAAACUCAAAAUCAAGUUAAAAUACAAAGAUAUUUUUUGCACAACUCCCACUGAUACAAGACUAUAUAGUUAUUACCAUGUAACAAAGAGUCCAUCACAUCUUUAAAUGAAUCAAACAUUCAGAUUCUGAUGUAAAUUAAGGCUUCAAACCCUUAGAAACGUCAGGACAUCACAUUUACACUGAGACUGGUGUAGUUUCUCAAGUACUCAGACCCCCUGAAAUAUUUUACAUUCCUUUAUUUUAAUGGGAGUUUGCAUCAUAAAGGAAAACAAGGACUUCAACAAUAAUGAAACUGAUGGAGAAAAGUUUGGUAGGCAGCCUUUUAACCUGAUACCUCUGUAGAAAAUCCUGUUUAGACAUCAACUGUCAGAUAUAAUUAAGAUCAUUAGUACAGAGGCCAUCUAUAUGUUUUAUUUCUAUAAGUUCAGAUGU